UGUUAAAGCAAAUUGAAAUUUAUAUGUUUGUCAGUCGUGUCACAAUGAUUAUUUAUUAUAAAUAUAAAUAAUUUACUUUGCGAAGACUAUAACUUUUUAACCUCUCUUAAUCAUUAUUAUACAGAAGCAGCUGUUUUCUAUUUCUGCCUCAGGAGUUUUGUUGAAAAAAGUAGAUGAGGUUCUAGUUACCAAUGAUGCGUUAAAAAACAAGUUGUUGGAAUUAAAAGACAUCUUGGAACAUCCAAGUCAAUGGACAGAAGCUAUUGAACAUACUGCCGUUGAGCCAGAAGACCUUCCAGAAACUGGAGUUCCAAACUUGGAAUCGAUGGCUACUAUCCUGCUAAAUCCAAACCUGGAAUUUCUUCUUGAUGAUUCACCAAUGCGAUCAACACUAGACACACAGCCGGUAGAAGUGAUAGGAGAACCUUUUCGUUUCACUUAUUCGGAACAGACCGUGAACGAAGAAGAAACAGCAGCGAACCAAGAUGACAACAGCAAUUUGAACACUGUGGAAAACGAGGAGGGAGAGAGACUUCAAACUGGACCAACCAAUAAUGAAAUAUUUCAAACUUCAAAAAACGGUGAUACAGUUGAAUUAAUUCAGGGAAGUGAAGUUUACGUCGACAAGGCAACUUUAAAAGCAAUCAAAUCUAAUCGGGGAAAUACUCAUACAUCAUUGGCACGAUCUCUUCUACUUGCGGUAUUUAAAGAAAAAGCUCUGGUAGAGCACAGUUUGAGUGGAAAAGGUCAUAAAUCGAACAGCCUACCAGCUCUUCCAAAGACUGUAGUUGAUACCAUUUUGACUUUUGCCCGUGUCACGGCAAAGAAAUCAAAUUGGAAAGUGCAUGAUGAUGUCCAGGUGAAGGAGAGUCUCCGUAAAAAAAUGACUGAAUUAAAAAAAAAAAAUAAUCACGCAUGUUAAAAUAUAUAAGAAAUUUAUUUAUGAAACGUUAACAAUUUAAUUUGAAAUUUUAAUAUUAUUUCCAGUAUAAUAUUCAUUUGUAAUUUUUAUAUUAAUUAGUGAUAUAUUGUUUUAUCUGAAUUUUUACUUGCAAAUAUUUACUAUUAUAUAGAGUUAAUAAUUAUUUAUGUAACUA